AUGAGCCGUCCUGAAAGUCGCUCUGGCAACGCGUCGACGCCGCAGGGCACAAGCGUGUUAAAGGCGGAUGACGGCGGUUCAGGUCAGACUCCUGGCGGCAGUACCGAGAACAGCGUGGCUUACCGAUAUGUAGCCGUCCAGCAGAUGACCUCGUGUCGUGAUCACAUCGAGUACCAAUUGACUGUGCGAGAACAGCCGAAACAGUCGAGGAUGUGCGGUGUUGGUGAAAAGGCGGACCGUAGACCGAUCGAUCCAGCUCCGAUCGUGCAGCUUCGUGUCGUCACCCACGACCGUCCCAUCCGUCAGAGUGACCCAGUCGGAAGUGCUUCCGUCGCGCCACCCGUCGAGAGAAGGCCCGGCCAGGGUGCCGCCGCACCUCAGACACCAGGUGUUCGAAGAGGCUUGCCCGUCACCACCGCCCUUGGCGAUGGCUGGGAGGACAAAGCCUGGUACCUCGAAAAUCCAUACUACUUUAUGUACGCCAUGCUCUGCAACGCAGACACCGACGAGGAGCUGCACCUGCUCAAUGACGGAAAGACAAGAUACACUAGCGGCUCGUGUGUCUCUUGCCUCUACCACCUCAAGGACAUUGAUGGCUCACAUCAAGGUUUCUUUGUCUUUCCGGACUUGAGCAUCCGCGUCGAAGGUCGCUACCGCCUCAAACUCUGUCUCUUUGAAACCAUCGGCCACUCGGUGCAUCAUUGCAAAUCCAUCUAUUCGGAUCCCUUCCACGUCUAUACAGCCAAGCGCUUUCCAGGCAUGGAAGAGUCGACGCGUCUCUCCAAGUCGUUUGCCGAACAAGGUCUCAAGGUACGCGUUCGCAAGCAUCCUCGCUCGCGACGAAGAGGCUCCAAGAGGACAAAGGACGAGAGCGACGCUUCCGACGAGACUCCCCUGGCGCGACAUGUCAGCCCCAAACGUGCCAGAGCAUCUGAUGUUUUGCCAAUGUCGGGUCUUCCCAUGUCGCAGCCAAUCGCAUCAUCAAGGAUGCCGCGCUCAAUGGAUGAUCGCUUCGAACGCGCCGACUACGAUCGAACGCCUUCCAUGGCCUCUGCGUACUACGACGUCAAAGGCGCUCCUCCAAGCCGACAUGCUCCGUGGGAAGAGGAGGAAGUAUUGCGGCUGCGCGAAUCGCGCGCUUGGGAUCCUAUGUAUGAUGCUCCAUCAGCCCUCUACUCUCAUCAUGCUCGAGAAGACAGGGUGGAGGAUCGUCGUCUCCCUCCGCGUGACUUUGCCGACGGACGCUACAUGGAUGGCGACUACCCUCCGCACACACGAUCAGCAGCAGCUCCACUCAGCAGCAUGUCCGCUCGAGCAGGUCCUUCAGAAUAUUCCGAACACGUCCGAUCGGUUUACCUCCGAGACGAUCCUGUUCGUUCCAUGCAUGGCUCACCUCACCGUCUCUCAGCAGCAUUGCCGCCACUACCACCGCCACUGUCUAAAACGCCGUCGCAUCCAGCUUUGGUGGGUCGAGGAUAUCCAGAAUCCUCGGCCAGCCUGACGCCAGCAUACAGCCGCAACUACCCUUCCGUCCCCGCCCCCGCCCCCGCCCCAGCUCCCAUGCCUAUGCGUCCAGCCCCGCUCCUUUCUCGAUCAUACGACCAUAUCGGUCAGCAAUCUUCUGGGCGAAUCUAUGACGACUAUGGUCCGCGCCCAAAUGUAGUCGCUCAUUACAGCGGCUCAUACGAUCCUCGAGACGCCCUUGCUCGUGGGUUUUCUCCACCUUCACCACAGCCGGGUCGUAGAAGCCCCUAUGCAUCUCAUCAUCCGCCUACACAAUGGCGUUCUGGCCCACCGAGUCCCAGCAGACCGUCCGACUACCACCUCGGCAGGGCUUCGGCGGUGGAACGAGGAUACGCUGCUGCGCGAAGGUCGCCCAUACCUUCUGCUCGAGGCAUCGACACGCCGCCAGAAGCAUAUGCUGGCUUCGAAAGCAAUCCUUUUCCCCGUCGUAGCUUUGGGGUCCCUGAUGCGGGACGCCCUGCAGCAACGUACGACGCACCUCGAGCACCACCGGCGGAUCUGUAUGCGCCAGAUGAAGGACCGCCCUCGGGACGACUAGGCGGCAUCGGGUUUGCUCCCUCCAGUCGUGAACGACUCAUCUUACCUCCUCUGCCUGUACCAUCUCCUCUAUCUGCACAUAGAGGUGAAUUGACCCCGCUCGGCACACGAGAUCGAGAUCGAGAAGCGGCGUACAUAGCGAUGCCACGAGAUCGCGAUCAAGGCCUUGCCCCUACAGAACGGUACCUUUCCCCGUCAGGUUACAAUCCGCGCGCUGGCGAGCUCGAUCAACGAGACCGAGAAUGGGAAUGGGAAUGCGAACGUGAACGUGAACGUGAACGCGAGCGCAAGCGAGGUCCGGCGUCUCCCGAAUACCGGCGCGAUUUUGCACAGGCUACCAUGCCCAGUAAACCUUCUUCUCGUGGUCAUAACCAACCGUACUAA